CAUGAUGUGGGUUCAUCCAUGGCAACGCGAUACUGGGACUGGGACACGUGGAGCUUACAUCAACCUGAGCCACCUAGCAUACCGUUGCUGUCCAACUUCGAGUGUUGGCCUGCGUCCGCUUUGACCAUCGAGCCAACGAGUGGAGCAAAGCUUCACUUGGCCCUUGUGCCAGUCGUGGAAUCGAUGCACCUAGGCUAUCCAAUAUAAGGCAAAUAUCAUCCAGUAAUUCCAGGUUAGAUCGCUCGAAGUCGACACUGAACCAGGAAUCCGAGUUAGGACUUUUAAAAGUUUCGUUGUAAAGGCAACAGUUAUUAACCUGGGGGCAGUGCUCGAUCCCAUCGACGAUAGCCAUAGGCUGCAGUGUUUGGUUUCCAGUCCACCAGGUAGCCUGAACUGUGUAGUCUGCUCCUGACUAGAUCCCGUACUGGCCUUACCAACCACUUCCCUGCCCUGCGUGAUCGUGUUUCGCACCGUUGGUUUAGCUUGGCGAGCACCGCCAGCAACGUCAGUGGAAAUUUUCACUUUCCAGGAGGUAGAACUUACUAGAAGGAGUACACUAGUAGUGGCAGUGACGAUGAUGAAGAGUUUGGCCACGGUUCUGGCGGUGGCUCUACUGGCUGUGCAGUGUGUGUCGGCGCUGAAAGAGAAACCGGAGGAUGCCGCUCCUCUGCGGCGCAGCAGGCGCAAUGUUCUCAACUUUGGUCUCAUGACGAAAUGCAGUACGGACCGAAAUCCACUGGAUUAUAACCAGUACGGAUGUCACUGUGGCAAGGGAGGAUCGGGCACACCGGUGGAUGCAACAGAUACAUGUUGCCUACGUCAUGACCAGUGCUGGGCGAAGGUGAAACGCGAGAGCAGUUGUCAGGAUGGUCACUUCGCUACAUACUCAUGGAAGUGCACCGUCAACCGACCAACUGGUUGUGAACAAAAUACUGAUGCGUGUGGACGUGGAUUCUGCAUGUGCGAUGCCGAGGCUGCGAUGUGCUUCGCACGCCAUCGCUACAGCGAACAAUAUCGCAACUGGAAUGGCGAAUGUCGCGCGAGAAACCCCACACCGGCCUGGUAUAAUGUGAUAUCAAAAGCCAUGCAGGCAAUCCCUGCCAAUCUCAUCCCGCACUUGGGCAAAGCUCCGUCACCGGCAGCAGCCGCCCAGCCCGCCGCCCCGGCUGCCCAGCCAGGCGCCACCGGCCCGGGUGCCGCCCAGCCCGGAGCCCUGGACCCGGUUCUGAUCAGCCUGCCCGGUACCGGUCCGGACGCGCCCGGGAAUCCCAACCCGGACGCCGGGGCUAUGCCCGCGACGAACCCACUGCCCCCGGGACAAGCAACUGAGCCACCGCCCGUGACCCGGCGACCAGCACCAGCCCGGCCUGUACCCGAGCGACCAAAUCGCCAAUUCACACUACCUAACAUUAUCGGCAACCUAAUUGGCAGGUUGCCCUGGAAAUCCAUCUUCGGAAAGAAGUAGUCAUCGGGCAGAGCCGGAAGCACACUCAUCUAUCUGGAAGCACACAAGAAGACAACCCUAUAGUGGAGUGUUCCUAUUGGUUCACCUUAUAACAAUAUAAUCAGCCAAGCUGGCCGGAAAGCAAGCAUUCCUCCAGGUGCUUUGUCUCAGAAAAUAAUUCCUUCACAAUGCACCAGUGGACAAGCUCCUCGGAUCAUUGCCGCCUUUCCUAAUUCCUGAUUCAGUGUCAGUGCAGCCCCCUGGAAUAACUAAGAGCCUUUUUUCCUACGUUCCCAGUAUAUUGGGAUCCGUUGGGAGUAAGAGGCACAUGUACCUGUUACAUUUUAUCUAUCUCCUGUAUCGCCUCCGACCAAUCUGCAGAGCGUUCAGUUUGUUUGUGUUGUUCUGCUUGAAUAUACCCGGAUGCGCAUGCACUGUCACAUCUGUAUGUGUGUAAAUGUGCCGUAUUUCCUGCUGAAUAAUUAUUUCCGCCAGGCCUGUAUUUAUACUUGCUGCAAUGUUAUUAUCUAUUAUUUAGCUCGAACUUGGUCAAAAAGUAGAAUACCCAUA